AUGAGCUCUGGGGUGACUGGAUUCAGCCUCUUACCUCCACGGAGACAGAAACCUGCAGCAGGAGUGGCAGCAAACGGUUGGGGAAAGAAAACACCUGACAGGGGCUCCGUGGCUCAGGAUGCGAGGCAGGCAGUGAUGGCCAACCCCACGAGUGAUCCAGAGACAAGCAAAGACAUGGAGGAUCCUACAAGAGGCCUGGAGGAACUCUGUGAGAGCCCUGAGGAGGAUGAGAAGGCUCUGCUGCAUUCACACCUGGAACAGCAGCAUCACCUUAUCUGUAUACUGGAGAAAAAAGCAGACGACGCACACAAACGCUGCAGAAGCCUGGAGCAGCUCAACGUGGAGCUGGAGAAACUGAGGGCAGAGGACGCUGUGAAAAUGAAGACCCUGACCCAACGGAUUUACCAUCUGGAGGGGCGCUUCAUGGAUCUGGCCAAUAACCAUGAAAAAAUGAUCCAGUUCAAGAACGAACACAAGAAACAGCACAUGCAGCUGUGGGAGAAGAACAAGUGCCUGCGGCAGGAGAACGAAGCGCUCUUCAGCCAGACGGUGAGGGAGAAGGAAGCUGAAGUGCUCCAGCUCACUGCCCAGGCCAGAAAGCUCUCGCAACAGUUGGACUCCUUGCAGGAGAAAUGUGCUUAUGAGAGUCGUAGAGCCCAGGAGCGGGAAAAGGAGCUGCUAGAAGCUCAGAGUCUCCAAGCAAGCGCCUAUGCCUGGGAAGUCAAUUCAUUAAAAAAAGAGCUGCAACACCUCCAGGAGAAGCACCAACAAACUGCUGCACAGGUGGAGGGCGCUGAAAGUCAGCAGAGGGCUCAAGGCAGCAAGCUGCAGGCCAAGCUGGAGAGGACAAAUGAGGAGAAAGAGCGGCUCCAGAACCUGGCCAUGGAGAGGGGCAAAGCUCUGCAAGAUAAGCAACAGAAAAUUGAACAACUGGGGAGGAAGCUGGAGAUUGCAGAAAACGCCAGGCAGAGAGCAGGAAAGUGCCUCGUGAACGAGGUGGCAGCGGCAGACAAUGAUCUGAAGGUCCAAGAGCUCCAACGACAGCUCGAAAGCAGCAAGCAGGCAUGCAGCGAGCUCUCGCUGCAGUUCGAUGCUUACAGAAAGCACAGCAUGGAUUUACUGACUAAAGAGAAAGCACUGAAUGCCAAACUCCGUCAUUUUAUUGUGUAAAUGCAUCUUCCUCCUCUGUUCUCAUCUUGGCAGGUGCCUGCCUCUACUGUAACACACCGCUGCAUUUUGUUCCUCUCCACGAGACCCUCUUUUGGCAGAGACCAUUUUCUGAUUUCUCCGCAGUUACCAGUUUAAAUCCUA